UCCCCACACACACGCCGCAUCCCCUCCUCGCCGGCCAUCGGUGCCGAUUCCCUCGCCCCCGCGCUGAUCCCCUCGCCGACGGGCCGCCGGCGCCCCCAUCCCUCGACGACGACGACGCCCCCGUCCCCGACGCCGCCGUCCCUGUCCCCGCCGACGCCGCCCGAGGCCGCCGCUCCCGUCCCCAGCGCCGGCGCGUCGCUUCCUCCCAAAUCUCUCUCGAGCGCGUGCCUCGCUUCCCCGUCGGCCCCGAGCCCCAGCUCUCUCCAUCCAGCGCCUCUGAACCAGUUCAGGGCGGCGGCGGCAGCGGUAGCGGUGAACAGGCUGGCGCAAGUCAUAUUAAGGCGGCGGCUGUAAAUUCGAAGCUCGAGGCGGCGGCGGUGAGUCGAAGCUCGAGGCUGCGGCAUCUAAUUGGCUCGAGCAGAUGGUAGUCUAGCUCCUUUCCUCCACCGUGUGAUCUUCUCAUCGGCUUCCUCUCUGUGUGCUCGAGCUAGACGUCGGCGAUGGCGACCUUGGCGCUGCUCCGGGCUCUGAGGCGGCCCUCGGCAGAAGCCGCAUUGCGAUUGGCAACAAAUGUCAGGGUGCAAGGAGUUACUGGAUAUAGGCAUUUGAAUAAUCGGAAUCUAAGUGUUUUCAAUGAGUUCUCAAAACAAUUGAAGGGUGAGGCCAAGAGUAAUCCUGAAUUCCAGAAAUCGAUGAAGGAAUUCAGUGAAAAACUUAGUGGGGUAAAGGAAGAUUUUAAAGUAAGGACUAAGAAAACGGCUGAGACAAUUUACAAGAGCGUUGAUGAUGUUUUGACUGAAGCUGAGGCAACAUCUAAAAAGGUUACUGCAAAUGUGAAAGAAAAAAUGUCUGCUGCUACAGAAGAGGUGAAGGGGAGUUUUAGACUAGGAAAAGAAGAUACCUCAACUUGUAAGGAUGGCUCACCUGAAACUUCAAAUCAUGAGUGUUCCGGGACAUCGUCACAUUCAGAUGAUAAGUCACAAGCUGGCACUAGUGGCUAUACAUUGUUUAAUAAACUGCGAUCAACACUUUCAUCUGCUUCACCUGUGGUGUCCCGUGCAUUUGCAAAGUUGAGGGAUACUAGAGUCUCAACUUAUGCCAAGCAGGGAUAUGAAAUUUUCAAAGAUGAGCUAAGCUCUAGCUCUAGCAGAAAGAAGAGAAAUAACACCAGGCAUGCUUCUGCUGCAACAACUGAAAAGAGUACUCGAACUGAGUUAGUUAUUGUACCAACAAAGAAAUCAGUAUUGGGUGAAAAAUGGGAAGCGUUUAAGAAUAAGAUGCAAGGUCAUCCAGUCUAUAAGAGAGUGAAUGAAUAUACCAAACCCGUCGUAAACAUAGGACAAGAGGUAGCUGAGGAUGUACGAGAGCGAUGGGAGACAAGUGACAAUCCAGUGGUUCAGAAGAUUCAAGAUUUGAAUGAAUCUAUUUUUGAGGAAACUGCGACUGCAGUGUCUUUCAGGGAAAUUCGACAGCGAGAUCCAUCCUUCUCUUUGCCUGAUUUUAUUGCUGAUGUUCAAGAAAUGAUUAAACCUGUUCUUAUUGCAUAUUCAAAGGGUGAUGUGCAGACCUUAAAAAGGUAUUGCACCAAGGAAGUGAUUGAGCGCUGCAAAGGAGAGAGAGAUGCUUAUGCAUCACAGGGCAUAUUCUUUGAUCACAAAAUUUUGCACAUUUCAGAUGCUGAUGUAAGAGAAACAAAAAUGAUGGGAUCUGCGCCCAUCAUUAUCGUAGCGUUCCAAACACAGCAAAUUUACUGUGUUCGUGACAGGGAAGGACAAGUAACAGAAGGAGGGCAGGACACCAUCCAAACUGUCUUUUAUGGAUGGGCCAUGCAACUGAUGGAUAGUGAUGAGGUACCAGAAGAAGAGUCAUAUUACCCAGUUUGGCGGUUGCGUGAGAUCCAUCAAGUUGGUAUCAAAGCUCUCAUAUAGAAUAGGCCUUUUCUGCUGCUAUUUAUUCAUUUGGAUCAGUCAUUGCCACGAAUGCAUUCGCUAUUCGGGAUGGAAAAGCCUCACAAUUCGAACUUAUGCUGGUGAACAAUGCGAUCUUGGUGCAAGCAAUUUUCUCCAAAUAGUUUAUUAUAAUUUACACUGAUGAUAGAAACCCCUUCUCUCCUCUCUACCGCUGACGUAUCUAAUGUGUACUAUGUUUUUUGUGAAGUCAGCUGUUCUUUUUUGCAUGUUGGCUGAAAACGGUUGUACAAGUUUUGUAAAA